AUGACUGCAAGGCAGGGCAGGAGCAGGCAGGAUGGGCAGAAGAUCAAAUCGGGACGGGCGCAGGGGCACUGCUGGGGACUAGGGGCGCUGAGGGCACUGGGGACACUGGGAGCGCUGAGGGUGCUGGUGGCGUUGCUGGGACAGGAGACACUGUGGGUACUUGGAGCACGGCGAGCGCUUGGGAUACGGGGUGUUCUGGGGGCGCUGCUGGGACUGGGGGCGCUGGGGGCAGUGGAGGUACUGGGGAUUCUUGGAGCACUGGGGGCGCUGGGAACACUGGGGGCGCUGGGGGUGCUGGGGGCGCUGCUGGCGCUGCUGCCGCCCCCCGCCCCGGCCGAGACGUUCUCUGCGAUGCUGAGCGUGCGGGGAGCGCUGGGCGCCGAGCGCCGCCUGCUCCGCCGGCUCCGCUCCUACCUGCGGGACGAGAGCUCCCGCCUGCGCCGCCUCCGCAGGUUCUACGAGAAGGUCCAGGCGCUGCACCAGGACCCCAAGGCCUCGGUGGAGAACCCCUUGCUGGCCUUCAGCCUCAUCAAGCGCCUCCACUCUGACUGGCCCAACGUCAUCUACAGCGACGAGGUCACCAGGAACACCCAGGCACUCCAUGCUGGCCUCGAGGAGGUAGAGCAGGAGCUGCCUGGAACUGAGGACCUGGAUGGGGCAGCCAGGGCGCUGAUGCGGCUGCAGGACGUCUACGCACUCAGCGUCAGGGGCUUGGCCAAAGGCGUCUUCCAGAGAGCCGGGCACCCGCCUCUCUACAGCCCUGGCCGGCGUGUCUCCCUCUCUGCCGACGACUGCUUCCAUGUGGGAAAGGUGGCCUAUGACACAGGUGACUAUUACCACGCCAUUGCGUGGCUGGAGGAGGCUGUCAGCCUCUUCCGCCUCUCCUAUGGCAGCUGGAACCUGGAGGACCGGAGCAGCCUGGAGGAUGCUCUGGACCAUCUGGCCUUCUCCUACUUCAUGGCUGGAAACAUCUCUCACGCCUUGAGCCUCUCCAGGGAGUUUCUCCGCUAUGAUCCCAGUAACCAAAGGGUGUCAAGGAACGUGGCCAAGUACAAGAAGCUGCUGGAGGUGGGGACGGGGGCAAGUGCCAGCCCCCUACAACGCCCCAACAGCACCCGCCUGCAGAGCCGUGAUGCCUACGAGGAGCUGUGCCAGCGCCCCAGGGGGCAGCCAGCCCCAGAGCGGCUCCUGCACCUCGGCUGCUCCUAUGAGACCAACAGCAGCCCCUACCUCCUCCUCCAGCCUGCCAAGAAGGAGAUGGUCCGGAUCCAGCCCUAUGUGGCUCUGUACCAUGAUUUCAUCACCGAUGCUGAGGCUGAGACCAUCAAGGGGUUGGCAGGGCCCUGGCUGCAGAGAUCCGUGGUUGCCUCUGGGGAGAAGCAGCAGAAAGCCGAGUACCGGAUAAGCAAGAGUGCCUGGCUGAAGGACACGGCUGACCCAGUGGUGCGGGCGUUGGAUCAGCGCAUCGCUGCUGUCACUGGCCUGGACCUGCGGCCACCCUACGCCGAGUACCUGCAGGUGGUCAACUACGGCUUGGGAGGCCACUACGAGCCACACUUCGACCACGCCACGUCCAAGAAGAGCCCCCUGUACAGAAUGAAGUCAGGCAACAGGAUCGCCACAAUCAUGAUCUAUCUGAGUGCAGUGGAGGCUGGAGGCUCCACUGCUUUCAUCUAUGCCAACUUCAGCGUGCCCGUGGUCAAGAAUGCGGCUCUUUUCUGGUGGAACCUGCGGAGGAACGGGAACGGUGACGGGGACACCCUCCACGCCGGCUGCCCCGUCCUGGCCGGGGACAAGUGGGUGGCGAAUAAGUGGAUCCAUGAACACGGGCAGGAGUUUCGGCGGCCCUGCAGUGCUGACCCACAGGACUGAGCCGCCGUAGGAUCACAGAUGUGACAUCUGCAGGUGGCAAAGCCACCCCGGCACAGCGUGGCCCCAAGGGCGGAGCAAGGGAGGGAGGAAGGGAGGGAAGGGGGUAGCAGCGGAGCAGGGAGUGAUCGGGAGAGGCAUUUGCUCGACCAUGGCCAAACUGGGUGGAAAUAAAGUCAAAAGAGA